CAUAGCAUAUUGCUUUUUCUUUGAUAAACAACAUAUCCAUAACAAUUUAGUGUAAAUUUAGUUUAUUACUUGAUUUUAGUAAACUUCAACAAAAGUGAUAAUUAAGCUCAGGUGGUGCUUAAUGAACUCCAGUUAAAGACGAAUUGUUCAGAAGAAUCAGAGUUGAAUUCUGACUAGAACAAUAUAGUUAGUCCGACUUUACUUGUCUCGUGGUUGAAUUUCAUAUUACCACUAACCCUGCUUUCACACCAGAAUAGUUAAAACCAAAAAGAAGUGUCGCAACUCGCAACUAAUAUCACCACGUGAGGAGGUGUGUAAUAGCAUUACAUCUACCUGGUUUACAUGAUUGUUUACACAAAAAAGUACAUUGACAAAUCUUUCUUACCAAUCUUAGUUACUUCCUUUAAUUAAUGGUUUUUAUUUCAAAGGACUGACAAAUGCAAAUAAACAAAGAGUGAGUGCAAAAGUGAUUCAAAAAAUUUGAUUCCCUUUGCUGGCUCUUAAAUCAAUAAUUUCCCCUUUUCUAUAUAGUUUUAACAUAUCUAAUUGCGAGAUUAAUUUUGAUACAUUGUCGGUGUAAAAUAUUUUACACAUCAACCAAUCACAAAUCACUUUUCAUAUGACAUUUAAACUAUAUAUGAUUGAAUGCAACUAUUUUUAGUGAUACAAUCAUUGUGAUUGACUGAUAAUGUAAAAUUAUUUGACACCGUUAGUGCAUAUUAAUUAAGCUCUUUUAUUAAUCAUAUUUAGUUGAUAAUAAAUUGGCUUUGUUACUUGGCAGCCACAAAGGGUCAAUGAAUAUUGGCUUAGUCAAUUUAUUGAAAAUAGGACUCUUGUUUUUUUGCUUUUGUUAUUUCUCCCCCUCUUUGUACAUGUGAGAAAAUCAUUAUGAAAUAUUAAUAAAGACAUCUUAUCAAAACUAAGACAUAUCAUGAACUAAUGAUGGUGAUUUAGUCAUAAUAUUAAAGACCUUUUUGAAAGUUUAGUUUGAAAUUUCAUUUAGAGAAAAAAAGUUGAAAGGUUUAUCAUAACCAAAAAACCAGAACAAAAGUUACUUACAUUUAUAUAAACUGUUUCAUCAAAGUUUUUUGAUUCAAAAUUCAUCUCAACCAUGAAGUUCCAAACCAAUGAGAUUCUCAAUGGAAAAUAUACAACAAAAAAAACAACCAAAAAUGUUUUUCUUGUACCAUUCACUCUUCUUCUCAUAAUGUUUCCUCUUAUUCUCAUGAGAAACACAAAUGAAUCAUCUCCAAACAUAUCUUCUGUCAAAAACAUGAACAACAGAACAGAAACAAAAGGAUGUAACAUCUUUGAUGGUAAUUGGAUACCUUAUUCUGAAGGACCUUAUUACAACAAUGAAACAUGCAAGUGGAUGAUUGAUGAACAAAACUGCAUGAAGUUUGGUAGAAAUGAUGAAGAGUAUCUUCAUUGGAGAUGGAAGCCAAAUGAAUGUGAACUUCCAUUGUUCAAUGCAACUCAAUUCUUAAACAUUGUUAGAGGAAAAAAAAUGGCUUUUGUUGGAGAUUCAGUUGGUAGAAAUCAGUUACAAUCUUUGUUGUGCCUCCUAAGUCAAGUGGCCGAUCCUGAAGACGUUUCUGAUAAAUACACAUCAAAUGUCAUAUAUUUUAGACGGUAUUUCUAUGCCGACUACAAUUUCACCCUUGGAAAUCUAUGGUCGCCAUAUUUUGUUAGAUCAGUUGAUGCUGAUCCGAAUGGUCAUUCUUACAACAGCAUCAUGAAACUUUAUGUAGAUGAAGUAGAUGAAGCAUGGUCUAGUCAAGUUGAAAACUUUGACAUUGUAAUAAUUUCAGCAGGACAUUGGUUUUUCAGACCACUAUUGUUUUAUGAAAAGGGUCAACUUGUAGGAUGCAACAAAUGUGGAAUGGAGAAUGUGACUGAUCUUGCUCACUACUUUGGUUACAAAAUGGCAUUUAGGACUGCAUUUAGAACCUUAAAUAAUCUUGAAAAUUUUAAAGGUGUGACAUUUUUUAGGACAUUUUCUCCAUCACAUUUUGAGAAUGGAGAUUGGAACAAAGGAGGGAAUUGUGUGAGGAAAAAGCCAUUUAGCAAAGAAGAAAUGAAGUUGGAUGGUUACUUUCUACAGACAUAUUUAACACAAGUGAAUGAAUUUAAUGUAGCACAAGAAGAAGCAUCAAAGAAGGGUUUGAAGUUUUUGAUGUUAAAUACAACUGAAAUUAUGUUGUUGAGACCAGAUGGACAUCCUAAUAACUAUGGACAUCCCAAGGACACAAAUAGAACAUUUUACAAUGAUUGUGUUCAUUGGUGUUUGCCUGGUCCUGUUGACACAUGGAAUGAGUUUUUUCUAUAUAUGUUAAAUAUAGAAAGUAACUCAUCUUAUGAUUCAAAGCUAGAGAGUGUUGUAUGAACAUAAGAUUUACCAUCUUAACCGUAUGUAAGAUAUUGUUUAAAAUUUAUUUUUUGGGGAGUUUUUGUGUGUAAACUGAGUAUUCUUCGCACGCAAUAACAGAGAUUAAUCCCUCGAUACUGAUAGGACCGGGAUGGAUGACAACACUCUGCAUCAAGAGUUUUAAAGUUGUUGCAUUCUAAACGCUGGAUUCAAACUCGAGAACUUUGAUUUUGCUAAGUCUAUUGUAAUUUACUUGUAUUUACAAAAAGGGUAUAGAGGAAAUGGGGAAAGAGAUUGUUGAAUGUAUUUAUUUAUUUACUAUAUAGAUAAUAACACACAGAAUGUAUAUGCAGAGUGGUUUGUAAUUUUUGUAACAUAUGUGAUGGACUGUCUUGAUUACCAAAUUGACAAAUAUUGUUCCAAGAAGCUCUCAAA